CAAAAAUAUAAUCGCUUUUAUAGAGAUGUUUAAGUGCGAUCGAAUCGAUUACUUACAAGUUUAUUCUAUAGAUAAUGAUCAAAAGUACACUAUAAUUCGGCUGUCCAUAAAUUCGGAUAUUUAAGCAUUUAAAAUAGCACGAAUAAUAUUAAUAUCAGGUUUAAAGCUUUUGAUUCUCUAUUCUGCGUGUCUUAAAGUCAAAUCAAAUUUAAAUUAUAGAUGGUAUAGGAACGAUAAUACAUGCAAUUGAUAAUAAAUAUUAAUGUAAAAUAAAAAGGAUGAUUGCGGAGUAAUGUCCGAGUUUUGGAAAUUAACAAAAUUUAGCUCAGUGAACUGAUUAUGGAAAUGUCGGAUGUUAUAAGAUAUUAUAUAAGAUUGUUGAACAUUCACUUUAUUCUCUGGACUCUAUCGGAAUGUGCGGCCCCAGUGAUUAAUAAUGUGGUGAAAACGGCAAGUUUGUUAGAGUCAACGACUGUGGAGACAUUGGUAUUCACGUUAGAUGUAACCGACGCCGACGGAGAUACCAUCGUAUGUGAUUUCGGCCCCGGCGGCAACCUUGGAAAUAGAUUUACAGUAAAGUACAUCUCCGGAUCGACAACUUGGGGUAUAUAUAGUGCUGCGGGUUCAGUUUUCGAUUCUAACAGCCAGCCUACCUACAAUUUGGGCGUGAAAUGUGACGCCAAUGGUGAAUCCGAUACGGAAACUUUCACCGUGUCCAUUACAGCAAAUCAGGCACCUGUUAUAAAUAACUUACCAAUUACAGGCAGCAUCACGAUACCGGUGGCAACUUCCGGUAUAGGACACAACGUAUUUUCUGUAGCAGCAACAGACACCGAAAGUGAUCAGAUAUCGUUUUCGAUCACGUGCAGUCCCGUUACACCGGCAUGUCCCUUCGAGAUUUUUAGCUCUGGAGACAUAGUGGUGAACACAGAUAUUUCCGGCAUUGCCAUUGCCGGAUAUGACAUCACAGUUGACGUCAGCGACCCUUACGGAAAUAACGGGAUAUCAAAAUCAUUGACUGUUGUAUUUUCUGGUAUAAACAACCCACCGUCAAUAUCAAAUCUAGGAUCAACAUUCACAAUGCCUGAAAACGGUGCACUGAAUGCUGCCAUAGUAACGACCACGUGCACUGAUGCAGACGCUGGUGACACCCUGGGAUAUUCAAUGACGUGCACGCCGUCAUCAGGGCUAACGUACUUUCAGAUCGAUUCCUCAACCGGAGCCAUAUCAACUACAGGCUCGUCACUAAAUUAUGAAUAUAUUGAUAAUGCUGGGGAUACAUUAUUUGCGUGCACUGUGACGUGUAGCGAUGGUGACGCUUCAGAUACGGCAAGUAUAAGUUUUGACGUCACCAAUGUAAAUGAACCACCAAAAUUUGCACAGAAUGGUUACACUAUAUCAGCAGACGAAGGAGCGAGCGGAACAGAUCUUCAAGCCUCGGGAUAUGUCAUCAUUGAUGACGACAACAGCGACACUACACUAUUCAGUAUAGAUUGCGGCACUCCUAACACUGGAUAUUUUUCAAUAGACACCGGUUCAGGUGUUUUAAAAUACGGAAGUACUUAUGACGUAGAUGAUGGCGUACAUCCGACGUCAGUGUCUUGUAUUGUGACGGUGACGGACAGUGGUGGACUAACUGAUACCGUGUCGUUAGAUAUAACUAUAAAUAACAUAAACGACAACUUGCCAAUAUUUUCCCCGACAACCUACCAAUGGUUUGUGUCUGAAGGUGCAACUGUAGGAACUUCGGUCGGAAAGGUAACGGCGACAGAUGCUGAUGUUGGCACGUUGGGAGAUAUAAGUUAUAGUUUAGACCAGUCAGCUCUCGGGACUGCAUAUUUUAGCAUAGAUCAGACGGGCACUGUGUAUGUACAAAACUCGGUUGCCCCUCUUGGUGGAGGAGCCUCUAUUACUUUUGAUGUCGUUGCGACGGACGGAGGCGGAAACGAAACACGCGUAACACCGUCCGUGAAUACCGUGGCCACUUCAACAACAACUACAACAACAACCACUGAUAGGUUUAAAACAUUUUUCGAAGAUGAGCGGAACAUUGCGUGGCUAACUGCUUGUUUUAUCAUUGUCUUGAUUACUUUAAUUUUAAUCACCUGGAUGUGUUGUAAAUACUUCGCCGAAAGUUAUGCAAAGAGACCGACAGGAAAACAGUUCAACUUUAAAUGUUGUAAAUUUUGGCGGGUAACUGAUCCCCCAGCAAGAAUAAGAGAACCAGUACCGGAACCGGAAGUUGUCACAUUUGAAGAACCUCCAGUAAUUAUCAACAAACCAAAGCCGGAACCUGAACCUUUUGAAUUUUGGACUUCAAGUGCCAAACAAUAAAUCAACUGUAACAGAUGUGAAGGAAAAGGAAAAAGACUUAAUAAAGGAAAAAAUAACACUUAUGUCAAUAUGUUCAAGCACUGUUUCUUUACGUGCCGAAUAUUCUGUGAUGUCCGUAUGAUUCCGUUUGAUCCGCUAGUCUGUUAGUAUUUCAAACUUUGAUUUUGCAUCUUGAAAUUUUUUUCAGGACUGACAUGUAUUUGUGCGUUUGAAUUGUUUCAUUAGUUACCAAAUGCACCCAGAGUUAUUGACCCUGAUUUGUAACUUACAAAUGCAAUCAGAUUUGUAGCCCCUGAUUUUUUUCUAUUUUUAGCUGUAGAUCAGUUUUAUCUUUGUCAUAACGUUCACAGAAUAAAAUAAAACUAUUUUGUGUCUGUGAUAAAUCAUGGCUUACAGUGUGUAAUAACCUUGAGCGCGAAACAAACUUGCUUAUCUUUUUCAUAAAAAUAAAUGACUUCACCAUCUUGUAAAUGCUAUAUAUGAUUUAACGGACUUGAUAUAAUCAUUACUUAUACAUAAUAUGGAAUCAAAUUAAAUGACAGUUUAUCUA